AUGAAUGAGAAGAACUUGGAGCAUUGGAUAGAGUGUUGCUCUGGGAAAAUAAAAGCUGGUGAUUUAAACAGGGAUUAUGACCCAGACUGUGAUUCCAACAAUUUAUGUGCCCCAGUAGUCCAAGAAUAUGAUAUUGAAGAAUUCAUAGUUCAUCCAGAGCACAUUAACCCAGAAUUGGGCAAGGAUAUAGCUCUAGUCAAAAUUCGGGAUGAAUUCCAAUUCAACGACUUUGUUGCUCCUAUUUGCUUGGAGUAUGGUGAUAUGGUGUUGGAGGAUCAUACGGGAAAGGAUGCCAUAUUCGCUGGAUGGGGUAAAUUUAGAAUAGACCCAGUUACUUCUAUGCUGGAGUCUCCCGCCGUACUUCAGAAGAUCACACUUCCAAUCCGGGAUGAGAGCGAGUGCAAUGUAUCUCUGUCAAAUAUCACAAAUCCUGCCGUACGUGAUCUCCAACAAGUCGAUGCAUUAAUAUGUGCGGGAGGAUUCCCUGAUCAACACAUCUACCACGGAGAUUCGGGAGGGUCGCUGGCUGUACUUCAAGUUGUCGGAGAUGAUAUACCCAGUGAUGUGCUCUAA